UACAUUGUUCAACUCUAUUGAAACCUGCCAAAAUGUUUAUUGAAACGACUCAAAGAAUAAUUUUGAACAAUGAAAUGAAAGUUUUGAAUCUGUCAAUCAAAAGUACGAAGAAUGAAAAACUGAAAACAUAAAUGUUAUCAAAAUUGAAGAAAGUGAAUCAAUACAUAUGAAAAAUGUGGGAAACUGAUCACCGUCUGUUUGACUGUGUAUUUGUGAGAGAUAAUCUCGAAAUCGGUUAACCGAUUUUGAUGUGGUUUUCACUAAUGUGUUGUGAAAAAACUGUUAGGAUUCGCUUCAGUGUUUGAUUUAUUAAAAUUGGUUCAUGAAAGAAUUGUGUCAAUUUCAAAAUACUAUGAAAAUAUUGUCGAGUUGAUUUGGCUGGAAUGGUAAAUUAUAUUUAUAGUUUGUGAAACAAUUUUCUAAUGAAUUAAAGAUAUGCUAAUACAUGAAAACUUUCUGCUGUUACAAAAUCUGGUAAAACCCAAAAACAGCAACAGCUAUACAAAAUAUCCUUAAAUGUCUGAUUAAUCAUCUGUGAUGAUGUUAUUCUAUUUGAGCUGUAGGAGUUUUCAAUCCUAAAGCAUCGAUGGUCAGAACAAACCUAAAAGCUAACACAGAUUAGUGAGUCGCGAUACAAAAAAUUGACAGUGACGUGAAUUUGAGGUUAGGUUAGUUAAAAAAAUAUAAACAACUUUUGCAACUGUUGUUGAUUCGGUAAUUAAUAGUUGGUGCUAAACAUUUUUUUGUCGGAAAAAAAAUCUCUUUGGAUCCUGAUUGUGCACCUAAUCUAGUAUGAGACAUUGAAAGAACUAGAAAACCUCAUACCCAAUUUAUUGGAGUAGUCAUGCCCCAUUUAAAGAAAUCCUACAUAUAUAUCAACCCUGAAUUCGGAAUUGAACAUAAUAUAGUAAUACCGUGUGAAGAACCAUUGAGUGAAUUGGUACAUAUACUGUUAACAAAAUAUAAUUUACCUGUAUAUUGUGAGGAGGAAUUUUCCGAAGACUUGUUGUCAUUCAUCAGAGACAGAAGUGUCGAAUACUUUAAUGAAGCUACCUCGAAACUGAUCAAUGAUGCUAAAGAGAACAAAAUCAAUUUAGAGGAUGUCACCAAAGAAUGGGAGAAGGUCAUGAAGGAAGAAAUGUCUGAAUAUGGAGAACGUAGAUGUGCUUCUGAUGAUGAACUUUUUGCAACAGCAUACCACAAAAUGGUUCACUCUCCAGCCUUGGAGACAAUCCUUCAAUUAGAACACAUGUAUUCUAAAACUGUUCGACGAAAAACUGAGGAGAAAAACAGAUUGAUACAAGAACUCUCAGAAUGUCAGAGCAAGGAAAUGAACAAUGCCGUUGAUAGACUAGAAAAAGACAUGACUGAAACUAAAAUUAAUGAGUUGGUGGCAAGGCACUACGAGGCUCAUGCUUUGCUUCAGGGAAAACUAACAAGCGAGUUGGAUACGAUCAAAGAAGCUCAAAGAAGAGAAUAUCGUGAGUGGUUGAUGCAGAUGCUUGAAGAUAAUCAAACUAACAGUUCUCUUCCUACUCCGAACUCUCCUCUUACCCCUCCAGAGAUAUUAAUACCCCCUAACAGCUGCGACAGAGAACUAAUGGAAACUCCAAUUUUAGAGGAAAGCUUUACUAUUCACUUAGGAUCUCAACUGAAACAGAUGCACAAUAUUCGCAUUUUAUCUGCUAGUGUGAUGAAUCUUUGCUCUAUUGAGGAUAAUAGGCAACUGUCUGAACCUACUCCACAACUGCUCCAAACUGCUUUGGCUCUCUAUUCAAAUGAUUUAUCUGGUUUGGUACUCUUGGCUGACAAUAAAAUAGGUUCUCGAAUCACCAAAGAGUUCCAAGAAGUUUGCCAGGUUUCAACCGAGUUCCACUUCCCACAUGUCGAAGACCAGCUGAAUAAAAUCUCCAGUAUAGCACAAAAAUAUUUGAAGAGCGAGCAGCGGAGUACAAGUAGAAAGUCAAACAGUGAACUUUUAGCUCCCGGCGACUUCUACAUAACUAGGCAUUCAAACCUGGCUCAGGUCCAUGUUAUUUUUCACAUGGUUUCGGAUGACAGUUUGCGGGGAAGUGACAUAAACAGUAGACAUCCUGUGGUACUAGGACUGAGGAAUAUACUAAAAACUGCUUGCUCAAAUGAUAUCACAUCUUUAACUAUUCCAUUGCUUUUGCAGUAUGAAAUGACAGAAGAUAUGACCAUUUCUUGGUGCGAGAAAAGGGCGGAAUUAGUCUUCAAGUGUGUGAAAGGGUUCAUGAUAGAGAUGGCUUCUUGGGGAGGUUCUGAUUUAAAAAAUCUACAGUUCAUGCUUCCACCUGGGAUUUCGAAUCAAGUAUUUCAUUCUCUGACGGAAAUGUUGCCUAGGAUAUUCAAGGUCUCAAAUCCGAAAGUUUUGCAAUGAAAAUCGCUAGGGAUAAAAGUAAACUCAAGACUCGGAAAUACUCUUUUAGUUACUUUAUAUUAACAAUUCAAUGUUUCAAAGUAUAAUUAUUAUAAUAAUUGUUAUAUAUUUUAUUAUUUAAGCUUGUAGAACAAUUAUUUGAUAUAUGUCAUCUAAAGCAGGGAUCCUGUAUACAAAGUUUAGCUCUGAGAAGUAAAUUUGACUUUUUUGAAUUAAACAGAAACAGUUUAAUAUCACCAAAAAUUAUCAUUUUUAUAAAGCAAGUUUGGAAUCUAUUAAGUUUGUAAAUAAAAAUUAGAAUUCCA